UCCUCUAAAGGAUAUGUGUGUCCAAUAGUAAUGGUUAAUCCAACAGGUUGUUGCAAUAUUGAUCACUCCAUUAGAUUUGACUGUAGCUCUUGUGCUCCUUCAAUGUGCUGUGCUGUAUAUGAACAUUGUGUCUCAUGUUGUCUCAGCUCUGACAAAAAGCCUGUAUUACAAGAUAUUCUCACCAAUUCAAUUCAUCCAGUUUACUCGUCCGUCAAAGACCAGUUCGAGCUGUGCCUUGCUAAAUGCAGGACAUCAUCACAAAGUGUACAUCACGAAAACUCUUAUCGUAACCCUGACACCAAAUACUGCUACGGUCCUCCUCACGAUAAACAGUAAAAAAACUAUACAGGAUACUUAUCAAUUCUUAAAUUUGUAAUUUUAUAUUUAUUUUAUCAUAAUCUUUUGAUGUAAUUGAAGUUAUGCUGAGUAUGUAUGUGAAUGUAA